AAGAAAUACAUCAAUUCUGGAACUGUAACACUGCUGUCCUUCAAAGUGGAGUCUGAGUAUACCUUUGUGGAUUUCAUCCGAGGAGGAACACAACUCAAUUUCACUGUGGCGAUAGACUUCACCGCGUCUAAUGGUAACCCAUCCCAGCCCACCUCCCUCCAUUAUAUGAGUCCGUACCAAAUGAAUGCAUAUGCCAUGGCACUGAAAGCAGUGGGAGAAAUUAUCCAGGACUACGACAGCGAUAAGCUCUUUCCUGCCUAUGGCUUCGGUGCUAAGCUGCCCCCCGAUGGCAAAAUCUCCCACGCGUUCCCGCUGAAUGGUGACAAUGAUAAUCCAAACUGUGUGGGCAUCGAGGGAGUCCUGGAGACUUAUUUUCAGAGCCUGAGGGCGGUGCAGCUGUAUGGACCUACUAACUUUGCACCUGUUAUCAACAAAGUAGCAAACUGUGCAGCAGAGAUUACAGAUGGCUCUCAGUACUUUGUCCUGUUGAUGAUCACAGAUGGAGUGAUAUCUGACAUGGUCCAGACCAAAGAGGCUGUGGUCAAUGCGGCAUCACUCCCUCUUUCCAUUAUCAUCGUAGGUGUUGGGCCGGCUGAGUUUGAUGCUAUGGAGGAGCUGGAUGGAGAUGAGGUGAGAGUAUCCUCAAGAGGGCGUCUUGCUGAGAGAGACAUUGUUCAGUUCGUUCCAUUCAGAGACUACAUUGACAGAUCUGGCAACCAGGUCCUCAGCAUGGCUCGACUAGCGAAGGACGUCCUUGCCGAGAUCCCCGACCAGCUGCUGUCUUUCAUGAAGAGCCGAGGAAUCGAACCGCGACCAGCCCUGUCCUCCUCCCCACUACCGCAGCUGCACAGACACAUCUGACCCCCGACACAGUCUCUGCCUUUCUUGGUUCUGCUUCUCCCUCCUUGCUUACCUCGGCUCACGUCCCUCACUCUUGUUUUUCACUUUAAAAACAAUAGUGAGAGAAAAAUCGACCCGUCACUCACCCUUCUUCCUCUCUCAUCACCCGUGGGGAUAAACAGGCACAUCGUAGCUACACAGCGGGUGUCAUCCCUGACCCGCCCACUGCUGUAGCUCUAAAUCGCCCUCUUAUUGCUUUCAUUUACUGUUUGCAACUGAACCGUGACCAUUCCUCCCCUCUGAUACCAGACCGUUCAGAGCCUGGCUUUUUUUGUUUGUUUGUUCUUAAUUGUCUGAUUCCCCUCUCCAGACACAUUUGGAACAAAAGGUUUUGCUGUUGGUCUUCGGCCAGUGUUGCCACUCAUCACAUUUGGCAGGAGUGCUGAAGUUAAUAAUUUCAAAUUUCUUGAUGAGGAAUAGACUCCAGCUCGUAUCAGGUGCUGUGGGGUUACUUCGACUGAUUCUUUGCAGUGACCGAUCACAACAAUAAAAUCUAUUUUCACCCAGCCGUUUUAUGAUCUCUUAUUGUUGCUGAGCCAAAUCUGAAACUGUAAUCGAGAAUGCAAACUACUUUAGUAUAAUCCAUUCAGAGAAAAUAGAGUCCUUGGGUUUCUCCUUUUUAAGGUAGGAAAUAAGUGUUGUUAGAGCUAAUAUGGGGAAUCCACACACAUGUGGCCUGUCACAGACUUAGACACACACUCGCCUCUGUCAGACAUGCCACACCCACACUCUUUGCCCAGCAUGGGCCGAGGCUGGGUGCAGAUUCCCCUCCUGCUGUUAGAGAAAUGCCAGACUCUCCGGCUGCCCUGCAGAGAGGAGGAAGAGGGAGGAAGGAAGGAAGGAAGGAGAAAUUGUAGGUGGGAGUAAAGGGAACCGAGGGGAGGAAUGGGUAAGAGAAUGAGCAGAGAAAGAAAAAAAAAGUGAGGAGAAAAGAGAUUCACAAAGAAGCGAGGAAGAACAAAGCAUCGGGAGAUCUGUUUUGUUUGAAGGGAAAGAACAAUGAGGCAGAUGUGAGCUGGGUUGGAGACAGCAGCAGAGAAGGCUGUAGCUCAGUGCCAUCUUUAGUUGGAGAAGCCUUUGUAUGCAUAUUUACAAGGUGUGGAACAAUCUCAAUGAGGGAUAAACGCACAUUCUAUGAAAAGCAAUAUACCUGACUUCCAGUGUAAUGUUUGCCCUAUGCAUGUCCCUUCCUCUCCCCUGCCAUGACUUGACAUUUUAUUCCCCAGAAGACUGGAGCUGUGUGCAAAGUUGGCAAAGCCUGCCACCUAGUGUUCACCCCUUGUAUAGCAGGGUAUCUUUAUUAUGCAUGACUACUGUACAUUUCUAUACUAACUCAAACAGUACCCACGCAUGAACAGAUGCAGCUCAUCUUACUAUCUUAAUUCAAGACAGGCAUUCCAACAAACAACAGAGGCCCGUGUAAAGAACUACAAGCAUCUUUGUGAAACGUGUCACUCUUCAGAGUUAAUGUCAAGUGUGACAAUCGUGGUUUAUAUGGGAUGUUUUAUUUGCUGUGUGACCAUAUAGACUUUUUCUAAAAUAAUCCGUUUCAACGUCAUGUUUAUUGCAUGUCGGGGAAGCAGAAGUGUUGCAGUGUUUAGAUAAUUGUCAUCACUCAAAGUGAUUGUCCAAAAUAAUCUGUACUGUACAUUUUCAUUUGCAGAUUUUGGAACUAACUUGUAUGCCUUGUGUCCUGCAGAAACAUGUGAAAUUACAUGUAUUUUUGAUAUUUUGGCAGGGUCAUGAAAAACAGAAAUGCAAAGACUCUGCGAGAUGCCAGUGGUAUUAGAACGUUUUCUGAACGUAUUUAAAGCCCUGCUGUGAUUUUUGUCUAUCCCCUACUGUUGUCCUAUGCCUGUAUGAACUUAAAGGCAACCUAUUAUGCUUAUUUCUAACUUCAUAUUUUUAUUCAAGUACUCUACUAAAGUUGCUUUGCAUGAGUCACAGCUCAAACAUAAUCCUUAUUUAUCUUAUACUGGGGCUUGGUGCAGCGCAUCAGUUCGUAACCUGUCUAAACCAAGCUGUUUUAUGCAUUUCCGCUGAUUGGCUACCCAACAUAAAAAUCUGACUUAAACAGCAGAUUGGUGGAGCUUUGUGCUUGCUGACUGCGCUGUGGCUCUCGGUUGACCGUAUCAGUGAUAUCUGCUCUGUGAGACAUCAUACAGAGCCAUGGUUAGAAAAAACAAACUGAAAAGAGAGUUUUCAAAGCAGCUUGAACCCUGAGUUUUAGCUUGCAGGGAUAACUGACACCUACCCUGAGCUCAUUAGCUGAACCUUUGGUCAUGUGAGUAUAAGGAAAAGCAUAAUAGGUGCCCUUUAAAAAAAAAAAAACAAGAUGGUUAAAGUUUUAUUGUAUAUAAAUGUUCUUUUUGCUUACAGUAAAGCUUCAAGAAACUUUUACAUCUGUAUUUCAAACAGCUAAAUUGUAUGUUGACAUUUUUUAGAAUGUCCAUAUAAGGGGAAUGUAGAUGUUUGACCUAGAAACCCUUAACUGUUCUGACAAAUAUCUUGUCGUGUUUCAAUAUGAGGUUUGACUAUGUCUGUGUUUACGCAUAUCACCUGAAGGUGAUGAUCUGCAGUACAAUAUAUCCAAACAUAAAGCAACACACUCUUGCUGGUUGUAUGUUGUAUGUAGUAAUUCAUUCAGCAGCACUAUAGAGAUCACUCAGAAUGAGUUCCAGCUUUAAAUUGUUGGUUCAUUAAAAAGAUUAAAGAGCUUUAA